AUGUCGGCCAAGUACUUAGUUGUUUUUUCACGCUGUAGAAGGAUUCCAAUGUUCUCUAUUCUGUUCAUCUAUGUAAGUAAAAUCAUCAUACUUGAUUUAUUGUUUAAAUUUGUUAAUAACAGCGUUUUUAUCUGUCAGGUCAAUUUCUAUCUGAGAAGCAGUAAUUGGGACACAAGAAUAGCUGCUGCACAGGCUGUCCAUGCCAUAGCAAAGAAUGUGCCGCAGUGGGAACCGAGAGGUGCUCCAAAACAAGGUAAGGCUGUCAGUACUAAAGCAAAGAAUGUUCCUCAGUGGGAACUGAGAGACACUCCAAAACAAGGUAAGACUGUCUGUACUAAAGCAAAGAAAGUUCCUCAGUGGGAACUGAGAGACACUCCAAAACAAGGUAAGGCUGUCCAUACCAUAGCGAAGAAUACCUCCCAACAGGCAGGUUGUCCAUCCAUAGCCAAGAAUGUUCCUCAGUGGGAACUUAGAGAUGCUCAAAAACAAGGUCUGGAUGACCGCGAUAGACUGUUGAUUCAAAGACAGAUGUUGAAUAAACGUCUUGGUCUAGAUAUGGCAGGAAAUCUGAAACUUGACAUCGACAAGGAUUUAUUUUCUGACGAGGAUUUACUCACAGGAAUGAAAAAAGACGUCACAGUCAAACAAGACUCGAAACAUGUAGCAGUAUUUGGGGUGGUGGAAGCAGCAAUUGGUUCCAGCUCAGUUUCCAAGAGAGGAACCGGGCUAACCGAAAAGCAAAAUGCUGACCACAACGGCCAUUCAAGAGAUUCUCCAAAGAUGUUGGCAGUUAACCAGUUAUGGUUAUCAGAUUUAGCACUCAGGUUACUAUCUGUGAUAGCACUAGACAGGUUCGGGGAUUACGUCUCAGACGAGGUUGUUGCUCCUGUACGAGAAACUUGUGCUCAAACUCUUGGAGUAGUGAUAAAGUUUCUUGAAGCUGAUGGUGUACAAGGUGUACUUUGUAUACUGUUACAACUGUUGACUCAAAAACAGUGGGAGGUUCGGCAUGGGGGAUUGCUGGGAAUGAAGUACCUCCUGGCUGUAAGAAAGGACAUGACUGCAGAUUUCAUUGCCAAAGUGUUGCUUAUAUACCAGGGCCUGCAAGAUGCUGAUGAUGAUAACAGAGCUGUUGCAGCAAGUGCUUUAAUCCCAGUUACUGAUGAACUAGUGCAGAUACUUCCUCAACAGGUAGAUCCCUUGAUCGUUUUAAGCCUGUGGAAGAUCCUACUGGAUUUAGAUGAUCUUACAGCCUCCCUAACGGUAGCAUUAAUGACUCUGCUUUCAGCUUUGAUAGCACAUCCAAAAGCUAAUGUUAUAGACAUGACCGCAAAACCAUUAACAGAGCUUGUACCCAGAUUGUUACCAUUUCUGCGACACAACAUUCCUUCUGUUAGAAAAGCAGCACUGGAAACAUUGAAGACACUGUUAACUAUGCAAUCUACAAAGCAAUCUGUGAAUACCUGGUUACCACAUCUUCUGCAACCAUUAUUGUGCCAUAUAUACCAGAGAUCCCUGUUAGAAACCCAGCCAGAUAUUCUCUCAGUAGUGACAGAGGUUUGGUCCUGUAUGCUGAGCCGGUCACCUCCUGAGUUCCUGGUUGCAGCAGCCACACCAUGGAUGGGUGUGUGGUUGUCCCUGGCAAUGCGCAGGUCGAUGCUCUCGCAUAGAGGGGGGGGUCGACAAGUUUCAGAUAGUGAAGACAAGUCAUCUGUGGAGACCAAAGAUAGACCGGAAUAUAUAGCCGGAUACGAGUCGGUUAACUCCACCGUGCAAGACAGAGAUGUUUACGUAAUGAGGGCAAGAACGACGGCAGCACAGCUGCUAGGAAGUUUAUGUAGCAAGAUUACCCAGCCUGUUUUGGGUCUUCCCGAGAAUUGUGAGAAACCAUCCGAGUCCCUGGCCAAACUUCUAGUCUUCCAUCUUAACACAAAAUCGGCAGUACAGAGGAUUGUUAUAGCGGAGGUUGUACAUAUCUGGGCAGCUACAGGGUUGUGUGAAUGUCCAGAGGAAGUGAAAUCCAAAUUGUUAGAAACACUGACAGAGAGUAUUUAUUAUGAUGAAAUAGCUCUGGGGUUUACACGUUUACAAACAGAGUGCAGGGACUUCAUCGCCUCUCUCAAACAACAGGGCAUCAACAUGGAUCAGAUUAUCCUGCCUGGAACGAUACUAUCACUGGAUCAAGCACAGAUGCUUGUCACUCAGGUGUACGAACAAGUGAAGCCUGCCAUUAAACCUCGUAGUCUACAAACUUUAGAAGAUCGAAGGUCACAGUUACACGUCUCAGUAUCUCAGAUAACUGCUGAUCAACAAACACUGGCUGUCAGGGUGCAGUCUAGUUUAGCAAAGGCUGUUGUGUCUUUAGAUGCCAUUCCAGAAAAGUUAAAUCCAGUUAUCCGCCCCUUGAUGGACUGUAUCAAGAAAGAAGAAAAUGUUUAUAUACAGCGGGAAGGUUCCAAGUGUUUGAGCAGACUGUUGAGGAAAUGUUUGUCCAGAGAUCCGUGUCCAAACAACAAAGUGAUAAAGAACUUAUGUGGCUUUUUAUGCUGUGAUCCCUGUGUAACCCCUGUUUGUGCACAGAUAAACAACAACUCUACUUCAGAAAUUAGCUGUGAUAUGUACAAAGGAAAUCUCACUCUUGCCAAAUUGAAUAAAAUCCCAGACACUGACAGAAAACGUUUACAGAGGUCAUCGAGUGUGAAUGUCACUGUUACACCAGAGAUGCUCAAAGAUGAUGAACAGCAUUCAAAAAUGUUAUCAAUCCAGAGACGAGGAGGGGAGAUUACUCUGAAUACACUUACCUCAGAUUUUAGCGAGAAAGUUCCUCAGGAACUGCCUGCUUUGUGGGAAACUGCUACUAAAUGUCUCAAUGAAAACCAAGAUUCAGAGGUAGACAUGACAGAUUCCUCAGCCCAGGAAACAGUCAGUUGUCUACAAGUUCUUGAAUCUAUAGGUCCAUCUGUACAUACUUCCCUGCUGCCAAAGUUUGUUGAUAGUUUGCCGUGCCUUCAGUGUUACCUACAGAACAAGUAUACAGGCAUCCGGCACAUGUCGGCUAGAUGUGUGGGUAUGUUAUCGAGACUGUCGACAGCGGAGGUCAUGCUGUUCCUUAUAGAGAAAGUGUUACCUAUGUUUGAAGCCUCACACAAUGAUAUACAGAGGCAAGGGGCUUCUGAAGCCAUUGCCAAUGUGAUUGAGGUGUUGGGGAUGGAUAUUAUACCCUAUAUUGUAUUGCUGAUAGUUCCUGUGUUGGGGAGAAUGACUGAUCAACACGAGGAUGUUAGAACUGUAGCUACACACUGCUUCGCUUCCCUCAUACGCUUACUGCCAUUAGAGGCAGGUGUAGCGGACCCUCCUGAUAUUAAGUCAAGUCUGGUAGAGAGGAAAGUAGAGGAAAGAGCAUUUCUGGAACAACUUCUUGAUGGAUCCAAGUUAGAAAAUUAUAAAAUUGAUGUUCCAAUUAAAGCAGAACUUAGGAAAUAUCAGCAGGAUGGUGUGAAUUGGCUCGGUUUCCUCAACAAAUACAAACUACAUGGUAUAUUAUGUGAUGAUAUGGGACUGGGGAAAACUUUACAGUCUAUCUGUAUCAUAGCUUCUGACCAUUACAGGAGGGAGCAGAAGUACAAGGAAUCAGAAAAUCCAGACUGUAAACCAUUGCCAUCCAUAGUUGUCUGCCCACCGACAUUGAUUGGACAUUGGGUGUAUGAAGUGAAUAAGUUUAUCGACAAAGAAUACCUCAACCCUCUCAUGUAUGCUGGACCUCCGAUGGAAAGACUGAAGUUACAGAAGAAGGCAAAAAAAUACAACAUGAUUGUAGCAUCCUAUGAUGUUGUAAGAAAUGAUAUUGAAUUUUUCAGUUCUUUCAGUUGGAAUUAUUGUGUUUUGGAUGAAGGUCACAUCAUCAAAAAUGGCAAAACUAAGAUCUCAAAAGCAGUGAAGCAGUUAAACUGUAACCACCGAUUGAUUCUGUCUGGUACACCAAUUCAAAACAAUGUCCUUGACCUCUGGUCUCUCUUUGACUUCCUGGUACCAGGUUUCUUGGGUACAGAAAGGCAAUUCCAGGCAAGAUACGGGAAACCAAUCUUAGCCAGCAGAGAGGCAAAAAGCUCUUCUAAAGAGCAAGAAGCAGGUGCUCUAGCUAUGGAGACAUUACAUCGACAGGUGCUUCCGUUUAUAUUGAGACGUUUGAAAGAAGACGUUCUAAAAGAUCUACCUCCAAAAAUUAUCCAGGACUACUACUGUGAUCUUAGCCCACUACAGGUAAAACUGUAUGAAGACUUCUCCAAAUCUCAGGCACAGAAAGGUGUAGAAGAUUGUGUCACCUCUACAAAGGCAGUAGAACAGAAGAAAGGAUCAACACAUGUCUUUCAGGCUUUACAGUAUUUACGUAAAGUAUGCAAUCAUCCGGCAUUGGUACUGAACUCGAGUCACCCUAAGUACACAGAGUUCAUGGGCAUGUUGAAGACACAAUACUCGAAUCUUCAUGAUAUUUCUCAUGCACCUAAACUUACAGCUUUAAAGCAACUGUUGUUGGACUGUGGUAUUGGAGUGGAGGAGUCAAGUGGACAGCCAGGUACGGAUGCACCAGUGGUCAACCAGCACAGGGUCCUCUUGUUCUGUCAGCUCAAGGGAAUGCUGGAUAUUGUAGAGAAAGAUCUUCUCAAAGCUCAGAUGCCCUCGGUGACAUUCCUCAGAAUGGAUGGGUCAGUCCCAGCUGGGUCCAGACAUGAUAUUGUUAACAGAUUUAACAACGAUCCGUCCAUUGACAUCCUUCUGCUUACAACACACGUGGGUGGACUGGGUCUCAACUUGACUGGUGCUGAUACUGUGAUAUUUGUUGAGCAUGAUUGGAACCCAAUGAAAGAUCUACAGGCAAUGGACCGAGCUCACAGAAUUGGACAGAAGAAAGUUGUAAAUGUUUAUAGACUUAUCACAAGAGGAACUUUGGAAGAGAAAAUUAUGGGACUCCAGAAGUUUAAGAUGACCAUUGCCAAUACAGUAAUCAGUCAGGACAAUGCUAGCUUGACAACCAUGGGUACAGAUCAACUAUUAGACUUGUUCGCUUUAGAAGACAAGAAGAAAGGAGAGAGUUCUGCACCAGGGGAUAGUAAAACUGUUGAGAAAAAGGAGACUGUUAAAUCAAUUCUGGAAGGACUGGGUGAUCUUUGGGAAGAUGACCAGUACCAGUCAGAAUAUGACAUGAAAAAUUUUAUGAAGUCUCUGGUGUAAACUAUCAAUACUGUUUUGUACAUGUAAUAUUGACAUUCUAGAAUAUCACAUAUUAAGAUGUUUCAAAUUGAGAAAAAAAUACAUAUGCUACAGUCAUUAGCAUUUUCGUAUGAGAAAUGUCUUAGGUCAAAUUUUUGAACAGCUGAGUUUAUAUUUUAGACUAGAAAAAUCAAAAUCUAGAACAGUGAUGUUAUUUUUUGUUUAUUUUAGAUUUGAUUUCGUUCCACCAUGAUGGACCUUACUUUUUUGUACAUAAUGAAUUAUAAGUUGAGUUAUAAGUUGUUGAUACACUGCAAAUUUAUGUUACAGUCUUCUGUUUUCACUGGGUAGUUGUUCAAGAAGAAUUGGGGUGGGUGGGAAUGGUUAUCAUUCAUUUUCUAUAUACUUUUAUCUGUGGAAUGUAUGUGUGUGCUUAUGUUGAAAAUUGUUAAGGAUGAAUGUUGUGUUUUAAAUGAACAUGUUUCAAUCAGUAUGUACUUCUGAACCUAUUGUGUUCAAAAUAUUACCGGUAUAUAAAGGUAAGGUUUAGCCUGUUUUGUCUUUUGUGCUAAGAAAAAAAAUGUAUGAAUUGGAGAAGAAUGUUUUGUAUGAAGAAAUAGGUACAAUACAACUUCUGAUAAUGACCUUAUUGAUGGUCAAAGUCCUCCUUGCUGAAGCAGACCGUUUUUAGCACACAAAAAAAAGACAGACCAGGUCAUAAAAACUGCUGACCUUUAGCACUUCAUGCUCCGAUUUAAACAAAACUAGGCUACUAGGUCAAAUCAUAGAAAAACUGAUCUAGACUGUAUAGGAAACAUUUUCUUCCUUUAUAUCUACCUAAACAUAGAAAAUUGUUUGUCAGUGCAUGGCAGUCUUGCUUAUUUUAUCUGUUACUUUAAGUUACUGUUGUGUAUACUGUAUAUUGGUUUGGAAAUUCAAAUUAUUUACAAUAUGUCAUAAUAAAUGGCUUGUAAUAUUUAUGAUAAUAUAAAAUUGUUAGGUAUCUUAAUCAAAUAUAUAAUGGCAUUUUGCUCUCAUGUUUUAGGGUCACUCUGGUGUCGUUUGUCCAGCAUUCACAUUUUUAUUAAACAUCUUAUCCUUUUGAAAUUAUUGGUCAGAAUUAUGCCAAACCUGGUCAUGACCUUGACCUUUAUAUGAUCAUCACCUUCAAACUUCACCUUAAAAAAAACAACAUUUUACUUACCCAGGUUUUACCAUUUUGCCUACAGCCCACACAAUUUAGUUCAUACUCACACUCAAUAAACCUUGUGGCAAGACUUACAAAUAGACCUAUAUAUAGAUGACCUUGACCUUCAUAUGAUAUUGACCUUUAAACUUAAAACCUCGAACAUCUUUGGUCAUACACCCGGUGGCAUGAUUUUGUGUUUUGAUUAGGCAGCUCCUUGUUAUUUUGUACAGUUGUUCAAUUUUGCUUGUUUAUAUUUUGCGUAUUUUGACUUAAACUAAAUACUGUUAAACUGACUAUGUUAGGAACUUGUUGAUCUAAUUCAGGGGAACAAGAACCUUGUUAUCAUGUUACUUGUUAAUUAAACAUAAUGGAGAUAUCUAUGAUUUAAUCUUUUGUGUUAAUUAUAUUGGAGAGACAAUGUUGUUUAAUUGAUUCUAACUUAAAAUUUGUUUCUGUCAAACUGAAAAAAAAAAAAAUAAAACAAAAUUAAUCGUUGGUUACCAAGGCUAGAAAAUUUGAAAGCAGUGAGCUAAAUUAACAAAAUUAAUGGUUGACUGACCAAGGCUAGAAAAUUUGAAAGCAGUGAGCUAAAUUAACAAAAUUAAUGGUUGGUUUACCAGGGCUAGAAAAUUUGAAAGCAGUGAGCUAAAUUUUAGGAAAAUGGUAAUCUAUAUCAUGAUGCUAAUACUAUGCUUGAAGCAACUUCUAAGGUUGGAUGUUGGUCGGAAGAACUUGUCAAGUCAAAUUUAUUUGAAAAAGUUGUUGUUGAAUGCACUUCAGCCUAACAUUGGCAAAACUUCAAUUUGGACACUGAAAGCGAAAUUAUUUGUAUAGCUAAAUUCUUCAUUCUGUUGAAAAUUUAUUUUAUUCAUGGAUAAUAGAAUUCUGUCAUGUACAGUAUAGUAAGGUAUAUAGUGUAACGUCCGAAUACCGCACACUACCAGGACCAGAAAAAAAAUUUUUUGUUUAAGUUUCCGUAAGCCAUUCUUUGUGAUUUGGAGCAAGUUCAGACUGGCAAAUUAUUUAAAUUUUAUCCUGUAGGGUAAACAGAAAUUCCCAGAUUUCAAGUUUUAAAGAGAAUUUGAGAAUUUUUUUAUGUUCAUAUGGGUCAGCACAAACCCAGAAGUCAUUAGGUUUUGUCAUCUGCAAAUAUUUCACAGCAUAAUGGUACAGUUAUAUUAUUGUAAUUGUAUACAUUGUUACACAAUGUUAUGCCCUUAUUAUCAGUGCAUUGGUUAAUGUUCUAACACGUCCCAGUUUGUUUUCCUAUUAUACAAAGAAGGCAGGAAAUUGUGUGUGCAACAAUUCAUUUUUCUGAUGUCUCAAUAAUUACAUCAUAGCGUCAAACGGCAUAGUGGUGUGCUGGAAAAGAAACCAACAGAAAACGGGCAAAUAUUUGGUGGAUGAAGUAAAGGAUGUACAAAAUAAUCAUUGAUAACGUGUUAGAAUCCAAAUAAUAUAUCUCAUAUAGUGAUUUGCUCUUGCAUAAAAUCAUUGUUUGUCGUUUGGAUGCGUAUUAUUAUAUCACUCAGGCUGCGCCGUCAUGAUAUAAUUUCUUUCGCAUCUGAACACCAAUUUUAUUCAACAACAAGUCACUAAAUGAGAUAUAUUAUUUCAUAAGUAUGAUACAGUAUAAUGUUCUCAUUGUCAGUGCAUUGGAUAAUACUCGAGUAUAAUUACAAAAUAAUAUAUAGUAGAAACAUGUUUUAACAUACUGAAACAAUACGAUGAGGUUAUAUGCUCUAGGGUUAGCCUGCCCGCUUAGCUCAGUAGGUAGAGCGUUGGUCUAAAGAUUGCGAGGUCGUGAGUUUGAUCCCUGGGCAGGGCGUAUAUUCUCCAUGACGAUUUGAUUACGGUAAAGACAUUUUGUCUGAAAUCAUUUGUCCUGCACCUCUGAUUCAUAUGGGGAAAUUGGCAGUUACUAGCGGAGAACAGGUUUGUACUGGUACAGAAUCCAGGAACACUGAUUAGGUUAACUGCCCGCCGUUACCUGACUGAAAUACUGUUGAAAAAGGGCAUUAAACCCAAAACAAACACAUAUAUGCUCUGGGAUUAAUUUUUCGAGGACGUACUCCAAAUAAAUUAUACACGCACAGUAUGACCGAUUCGUAUUGUUGCAAUAUAUUAAAACAUGGCUGUGCUUAAUAUUAUUUUGAUUCUGUUAUGACUUUGUAUGUUAACAAGUAGAUAAAACAGGGAAGCACUAUUUUGAGUGCAUGUAUGGUGCUAGAUAUGAUAGGUCAUCAUGACAUCAACUAGAAAUUCUGUUUUAACAGUGUUUAAAUGUGGGAUGUAACACAUUCCGCGAAAUAGCAUAGCAGUACGUAGACAUCCCAUAUCAUAUAUAAUGAUAACCCUAUUUUAUUAGGAAAAUUGUCUUCAGAAAUCCAGUUUGAUUCUUACUCUUUAAAUCAUUUAUUAUUGUACAUUAGUCAAACAAGAGUAAAGAAAAAUAAAAGGAAUACUGUGAAAUCAUUGAUAUUCGUGUGGGACCAAUUUUUGUGGUUGAGUCAAUAAACGAAAUCUAAUCCCAAUGAACAAGUAAAAUUCCCAUUCAUUUUUUUUCAAAACUUGAAAUCCACGAAUUCAUAUCCCCACAAAAUUGCCGUUUCGACUAAAACCACGAAAUUUCAUGCCCACGAUAUAAAAUUAUUUUACAGUAUGCCGUAAGUAUA